AUGCAUCGUAGUUGGAUGAAUUCUGAAAGAAUCACCAAUGAGUAUCAAAAUGGGGCUGAACAAGUUUUGGAAUUUGCUCAACGAAAUCAAGCAAAUUUGAAUGGGAAGUUUUAUUGUCCUUGUGUUAACUAUUUAAAUGGGAGGCGACGUACAAUUGAUGAAAUAUGGGAUCAUCUUUUCUGUGAUGGGUUUCUAACGAGUUAUACAACAUGGAUAUGGCAUGGUGAACACAAAGAGAUACAAACAAUUUCUCAAACUCAGCACGGUGAUGAAGUAAUGCAUGAUCAAAUAGAGGACAUGAUUCAUGAUGUGGGACAAGAGUCUUUUCAGCAAGCACAUUCACAUGUCUAUGAUGAUUUAAAAAGUGACUUAGAGACACCUUUGUUUCCUGACUGUAUAACCUUCACGCGAUUAUUAGCGGUGUUAAGAUUGAUGAAUUUAAAGGCAAGAAAUGGUUGGAGUGAUAAAAGUUUCAUAGAGUUCCUUCAGUUGUUGAAGCAAAUGCUUCUAAAAGACAACACUUUGUCAGACUGUCACUCUGAGGCGAAGAAGGUUUUGUGUCCCAUGGGUUUACAAUACAAGAAAAUACAUGCAUGUCCUAAUGAUUGUAUAUUGUACAGGAAAGAGUUUGAAACAGUGCACAAGUGUCCCCGCUGUGGGGUAUCACAAUAUAAAGUAAAGGAUGGUGGUGGUAAUAAUGAUGAAGAUAUAGCAGAUAAGGGGCCUCCAGCAAAGAUGUUAUGGUAUCUUCCAAUCAUUUCAAGGUUCAAGCAAUUAUUUGCUAAUGCAAUGAACCUUACAUGGCAUGGAAACAAGAGAAAUUGUGAUGGCUUGCUUCACCACCCGGCUGAUUCUCCACAAUCGAAAAAAAAUUGA